GUUCCUGGUUGAUUUCCUGCAAGGCUGGCAUUUAAACGCCAGCUGCUCCGUAAGGAAGGAGGAUGCGGUGAUUCAGGUGCCUCUUCCCGUGGCUAAGGAGACAUGCUUGGGAGGCGGUAGCUCGUCCGUUCUCGCCUUAGAGCUGGAAAAGAGUGAGUUGAAUCCACCUUUAGAGUUGAAUUGUUUCAACGCAAGUGCUUUUAAUGCAAAGAAGGGGUGCCUUGCCUUCCCCUCCAAGCUGUUCUUGCGAUACUCAUCGCUCAGCGGCCGGUCUCAAGAAAACGUGGAGACGCUCAAGGGGAGAAGGAACGAGUCAUACAUUCUGCUGAUCCCUCCUCCUGAUGGUCUAAGACGUUUUCUUGCUGUCUUCGUAUCACGGGCAAGUUCUUAGCCGGGAAUAAAGGGCUGAUUUUUGUGGGAAAGUGCAACCAGUAAGUCUAGUAGCGCAAUCUGGAACCUGCCAAGAGCAAACUGAGUUAAACGUUUUCCCUUUCUCAGCUUUUGCGGAAGGAAAGAAGAACUCACUCACACCUCUUGCCUGCUCGCAAAAAUGUUCAGCUGGUUAGGUACUGAUGACAGACGACGAAAAGACCCUGAAGUAUUUCAUACUGUGAGCGGAGGCCUUAAAAAACUCUACAAAACCAAGUUGCUCCCUCUGGAAGAAUACUACAGGUUCCAUGAGUUUCAUUCCCCUGCUCUUGAAGAUGCUGACUUUGACAACAAACCCAUGGUUCUGCUUGUGGGACAGUAUUCCACUGGGAAGACCACCUUCAUAAGGUACCUUCUUGAACAAGAUUUCCCUGGAAUGAGGAUUGGGCCAGAGCCUACAACUGAUUCUUUCAUUGCGGUGAUGCAGGGGGAUGUGGAAGGCAUCAUUCCUGGAAAUGCACUGGUAGUGGAUCCAAAAAAACCUUUUAGGAAACUCAAUGCCUUUGGCAAUGCCUUCUUGAACAGAUUUGUAUGUGCUCAACUGCCAAAUGCGGUACUAGAAAGCAUCAGUGUCAUUGAUACGCCAGGAAUCCUUUCUGGGGAGAAACAAAGAAUUAGCCGAGGCUAUGACUUUGCUGCUGUACUAGAGUGGUUUGCAGAGCGAGUAGACCGCAUCAUUCUCCUGUUUGAUGCCCACAAGCUAGAUAUCUCUGAUGAAUUUUCAGAGGUCAUCAAAGCACUGAAAAACCAUGAGGACAAAAUGAGGGUAGUGCUUAACAAAGCAGACCAGAUUGAGACACAGCAGCUUAUGAGGGUUUAUGGGGCUCUCAUGUGGUCUUUGGGGAAAAUUGUCAACACUCCUGAGGUGAUCCGGGUCUAUAUCGGUUCCUUCUGGUCCCACCCACUGCUGAUCCCAGAUAAUCGCAAACUGUUUGAGGCAGAGGAGCAGGACCUCUUCAGAGACAUCCAAAGCCUUCCUCGCAAUGCAGCACUUCGGAAACUGAAUGAUCUCAUUAAACGAGCACGGCUAGCCAAGGUUCAUGCUUACAUCAUCAGCUCACUGAAGAAAGAAAUGCCGUCUGUAUUUGGGAAAGAUAAUAAGAAGAAAGAGCUUGUGAACAACUUGGCUGAGAUUUAUGGACGAAUUGAGCGGGAGCAUCAGAUUUCACCAGGAGACUUCCCUAAUCUGAAAAAGAUGCAGGAGCAGCUUCAGGCUCAAGAUUUCAGUAAGUUCCAGCCUCUUAAGAGCAAACUGUUGGAUGCUGUGGAGGAUAUGCUGGCCAGUGACAUUGCGCAGCUCAUGGUGCUGGUGCGCCAGGAGGAGUCCCAGAGGCCUGUCCAGAUGGUGAAAGGGGGAGCUUUCGAAGGCACCCUGCAUGGACCGUUCGGACAUGGCUAUGGUGAAGGAGCGGGAGAAGGAAUUGAUGAUGCGGAGUGGGUGGUGGCCAGAGACAAGCCCAUGUACGAUGAGAUCUUCUACACCUUGUCCCCUGUUGAUGGGAAGAUAACUGGAGCUAAUGCCAAGAAGGAGAUGGUGAGGUCCAAGCUGCCCAACACCGUGCUGGGGAAGAUAUGGAAACUGUCGGACAUCGAUAAAGACGGGAUGCUGGAUGAUGAGGAAUUUGCUCUAGCUAAUCAUCUCAUAAAGGUCAAAUUAGAAGGCCAUGAGCUCCCAAAUGAGCUUCCUUCCCAUCUCAUCCCACCAUGUAAGAGGAAAUUAGCAGAGUGAUAAGCCUACCAAAAAGAAUUUGGGGGAGGGGUGGGGCAUGGAAAGAAAGGGAAUAUACUGAAGUUGUAUGUUUCAGCUGUGACAUUACUUUCGGAUUAUGAUGAUUUCUCUGUUUGAGCACCAACUGGAGGCAAAAUGAUGUCCAGCUCUUUCUCAUGAUGAUAUGCAAUUAACUCUUUUUACGUGUGAUUCUUGCUUCCCAAUUUGUGUUAAUAUCAGAGGAAACUGAUGGCAGAAAUGGAAGGAGUGGCAAAGGCUGCGCUUUAUAGAUACGGCCAAGAUGGCCUCUGUCAUUCAGUCACAUGCCCCUGGUUUGUGAAAUUCUUGUUUGUCCCUAAGCUGUAAAUAUGCAUCGUGAUUGCUGACAGGCUCUAAGCUGAAAAAUACCUCUGGAUGAGAGUGGUGCUUACAGGUUGCGCUUGAAUCUAAAGCAUUUCUACAUGGCCAAAAUGAUUUUCUUUCGGGGCAGACUUCAGUUCCUGUUCAGUCUUCCUGCCUGUCUUCUGUGUUUUUAUUGAAUACUUGAGGUACAACAUUUGUCUUCAGGAUCACUUGGAGGAGGAAGAAUAUUAAACAACAACCCAUUUUUAGCUGUUUGAUCUUUCUUUGAGGAAAAGGAGGCAGGCCUUCCCAGGUUUUCAAUUUAGGGCCUUGAAUCCCUUUCUAGUUAGCUCUGUGGCCACUUGCAAACACUGUCAGGAUUCUGUGACUUUUCAGUUUGACCAUGAUGGAGGUGAGGUUUGGUCAGAGUCUCAAAUGAUCACAGCCCGAAGAAAGUAUGAGAGGCAAGUAGGACAAGGCCUUUCGCAGAAGUGAUAGCAAACUCAUGGGCAGGAACCAAAGUACAAGCAAGUGUUUCCUGGCAUCUUCUGCCCCCACAGCUAGGCCAUGCUUUCCCCCCUGCUUCAGGUGUUGGAUUCACUGUGCCCGGACUAAUCACAUAUUGGAUCCAGCACAGUAUUUCCAAGAGCAGAAGGAUUUCUGCCCACAGAACCUUGCAUCCUUGCUCCCCUGAUCCCAGUGCAGUCUAAACUUCGAUUGCCAAGAUGCUGCAUUUCAGAAGCAUUUGGGGCUAUAGUGGGGGAGGGGGCGUGUUAAGAAAGCUGUACACUGCACGGGAUCCAAACCAUUGUUCAGUGUCUUGCCUUGCAUGGCAUUUACAUAUGCAAUGUAAAACAGCUCGUUCUGCUUCCACCUCCUUGUCCUACCCAUUUAUUGAAAGAUAAGACUUAGCUACUUCUUCUGUCCCCCUCAACACCCCUUUUCAAUGUCUUUCAAAGCCCGUCCGUCCCCCAAUCACUCACAAUUAUUCGCAGGAAAAUCAUUCUUAAUCUUACCCACACUGAAGAUCCUGAGCCAAGCUAUUUUCUUCUCUCUGUUUUUGUUGUUUGUUCCCUCCUGUUUCUGUUGGUGUCAGGGAUGAGAUUACAGUCCUUGUUGCUUGUAUAUACCGAACUCUUAAUGUGAGUGGGGAGGGGAGGGAAAGAGCCAGAACAGUUAUAACUUAUUUUAUAUCUGUGUUAAUAUUAUAAAGAGAAAUUAUAUAUUCUCUGUGUGUAAAACAGCCUUAUUGCAGUGCAUUUAUUGUGUCUUUAAAGUUAAUGCAUUAACCUUUUUUGUACAUUGGUCCUAAAACAUUAUUAAAAAAUGAAGGCCCAUGUUUA